UGUGCGGAAAGACAGCGCCCUUCAGCAUAAGUUCCGUGGCUUACAUGAUGCGGUACGCGAGGGAACCGAGAACCUCGUAGUCUCGUGACUACGCGUCAGAGCGAUGGAGGAGCUGUGGUACAAAAAGGCAGCGUACAACAGUAUUGAAAGGGUAUAUCAAACCUCUCUGGUCCUUCGCUCGCACCUGAAAAGAGCUCAUCUCAUCUCUUACCGAGCGCAUCACCACAUUUUCGCCAACUUCCGACAAGACUACGAUCCAAAAUGCCACCACUAUCGCACCACCCCUCCCUCCGCUACCUCUCCACCCUCUUCAGUGGCGCAUUCCUCGCGUUCGGCUCAACCUACAUGAUAUCCCCACGCACGGGCUACUCUUUCUUCGGCUUCACCAAUAGCCCGAGCACAUCGGCCGAAUGGGCUAUGAUGGAGCGCGUACUAGUUUUAUACGGCGCCAAGGAUAUAUUGGUGGGUGUGGCUAUCUUUGCUUCGACGUGGUCUGGGACGAGACGCAGUGCGGGAUUGGUGCUUGUGGCGGCGGGUGCUUGCGGGGCUGUUGAUGGGUAUGUGGUUGGGAAGGAAACGGGCAUGGGCUGGUGGAAUCAUUGGGGGUGGCCGAAUGUUAUGGCAGCGGUGCUUGGGGGUGUUUUGAUGGGGGUGGUGGGGUGAGCGGGUGGAGGAGUGGAAGGGGGCAGCGGGGUGGCAUCUCGCCAUACGAUGUUGAAAUCCGGCGGUGGCUUGGAGAUGGCGUGUGGUAACGUUAGAGCAUUUGACGACUUUUAUAAAGAUUCGAGAAAUGUCGCCUGUCAUGUGGAAGAAUGGUCACGAUGGAGGUCAAUGUUGCCAUCUUGCACGUGCCGUCGCGCGUGGCUAGCGCGAGUGGCGCGUCAUAGCGACUUGCGUCCCGCGUUGCCUGCCCCGAAC